CACCAUCAUCAUCAUCGCCACUGUACAUGUACGGAAGUACCCCAUAUUAGAAUACUCCAUAUGGAUGCUCCAUAUUAGGCACCACCAUAAUACCCAGUCAGGCUGGGUAGACGUCACAGAUAGACAAAACAAGUGGCGGUGCAGCCCCACUUGAUCGGAGAUCUACCUACCUUGCCCCUCUUCAGCAUCAUAUAAAUACCCCUCAUCCUCAUUUCUAUCCUGAUCCUUAUCCUCAUCCUUAUCCUCAUCCCUGGGUACUAGGUAACAAACAAACAACUCACCAACUCAAGUCACAAACCAUCCCAAGAACAACCCCAAAAAAAAAGAAACCACCAAAAUGGAUUUCCUCCACGACGCCAUCAAAAAACACACCUCCUCCGGCGGUAACGGUAACGACAGCGACGACGAAUUCAACCCCGCCCUCUCCCACGCGCAGUCCUCCGAUCCCAACGACAGCACCUCGCGCGAACUCUUCUCCCAAGCCCUCCAGUUCAUCAAGUCCCGCAAAUCGUCCUACCAGGAUACCUCCUCCUACGACAUCGACGAGUCGCACAUGGUGCAGUCGCAUCAGGCGCUUUACGGGGGGAGCGGGGAGAGCGCGAGUUACUAUCAGGGCGGUGACAUGGGGGAGCAGUAUGGUGGAUCCCAUCAGCAGCAGGGGGGAGGGGGUGGAGGACACAAUGAUUCGGAUUCGUUGGGUGCUGGGGCGGCGAUGCAGGCGCUGAAGAUGUUUACUUCUGGGGGGGGAAGUAGCUCGGAGGGAGGCGGCGGAGGAGGGAGUAUGGAUAAGAAUGCGUUUAUUGGGAUGGCGAUGGCGCAGGCUGGACGGCUUUGGGAGGAGAAGAAUAGUUCUGGGGGGGUGUCCGGCGAUAAACAAUCCGCCGUCAACAAAGCCGCGGAAAUGGCGCUCAAGAUGUACAUGAAGUCUAACGGGGGUGGGUUGGGAGGCACGGGUGGACCUAGUGGGUUGUUGAGCUUGGCGGGGAAGUUUUUGAAGUAGUUUACUAUGUACAUACUUUUUCUUGAUUUGAAUUACUAGGUGAUGUUUGUGGAAAUGGGGGAUGGAAACGCGUCCGAAAUGAUGAAAUUGAUGAUAUUCAAUGUUUGAAACAGAAGAGAAACAGG